GGGUCUGAGAAGAGGCUGAUCUGCCUGGGCGCACAGCAGAGCGUCUGCACUGCUCUUUCCCGGGAGAGCUGCUCGUCCAGCGGAGCCCCAUCGCUGAGCGCUGCUCAAGCGUUUCGCUGGGGCGUUGCCUGCGCCCGCCUGCCGUGGGCCCGAGCCGGGAGCCGCGUUUCUCUCGCGUGGGGCGUCCUCUGCCAGUUCCUUUAAUCUGGGCGCAGUGUGUGAUAAGAAGCUGACUUGCUGCGCUGUCACCUGCAGAACUGGAGGAAGCUCGCCUGCUCUUGAUGCUGCUCAUGGUCUCCUGCGCUGCUCGUCACAGCUCUGACAGCUGGACACGUUAGUCUCGCCGAAGCCUUGCCGAGAUGUCGUGCUACUUGCCGCCGUGCCUCCCCGCCGUGUACCAGCAGCCGCUCCCCGUGAAAUGCCCGCCUGCGUUCGCCGCCCCGGUGCCGGUCCAGCGCUCGGUGCCGUGCGCCCCGCAGUACCCGACCCCCUGGGCGGCCCGGCAGCGCUUCGCAGGCGCCGGCUUCUCGCAGCAGCAGUGUGUGACCACGUGCAUCCCCCAGCAGCCGUGCGCGACCAAGUGCGUGACCGCCUGCGUCCCGCAGCAGCAGUGUGCCACCAAGUGUGUGACCACGUGCAUCCCGCAGCAGCAGUGUGCAACCAAGUGCAUCCCCCAGCAGCAGUGUGCAACCAAGUGUGUGACCGCCUGCGUCCCGCAGCAGCAGUGUGCAACCAAGUGCAUCCCGCAGCAGCAGUGUGCAACCAAGUGUGUGACCACCUGCGUCCCGCAGCAGCCGUACGCGACCAAGUGCGUCCCCCAGCAGCAGUGUGCCACCAAGUGCGUCCCGCAGCAGUGUGUGACCAACUACUUCCCGCAGCAGUGUGCCACCAAGUGCGUGACCACCUGCGUCCCACAGCAGCGUGCCACCAAGUGGGUCUCGCAGCAGUGCGUGACCAAGUGUGCCCCACAGCAGUGUGCCACCAAGUGUGCCCCGCAGCAGUGUGAGACCAAGUGUGCCACCAAGUGUGCCCCGCAGCAGUGUGCCACCAAGUGUGCCACCAAGUGUGCCCCGCAGCAGUGUGCCACCAAGUGUGCCACCAAGUGUGCCCCGCAGCAGUGUGCCACCAAGUGUGUGACCACUUGUGUCCCACAGCAGUGUGUGACCACUUGUGCUCCACAGCAGUGUGCCACCAAGUGUGUCCCGCAGCAGUGUGCCACCAAGUGUGCCACCAAGUGUGUGCCACCCUGCGCGCCCGCGUGCGCCCCGCAGCAGUGCCAGCAGAGCGGGGUGAAGAUUUCCAGCCAUUCCAAGAAAUACUGCUCUGCCUCCAAGUGGCCCUGGUCACCUCGCGUGACCAUGCACUACUACGGGGAGCGGUUCCAGCACCUCUGCCUGCCGGGCUCCAGCUACGCCACCGAAAGCCUCCGGGUGUGCGUGCCCCAGGCUGACGUGCGCAGCACCACGUGCCACCCGCUGAGCGUCACCAAGGGCCCCGCGCCCAGGUGGCCCAGCUACCUGCAGCCCUUCACGCCGCUGCGCCCGCAGCAGAGCGGGGCCCCGCCGCAGAGCGUCAUGCCGGGCCCGGAGGCCUGCGAGACCACCUGCCUUCUGCCCUGCGCCAAGCCCAGCGGGCAGCCGGGCGCCGAGCGGAGCCUCCAGCCCUGCCACGCCAGCUGCCCCGAGAAAAAGCGCGUGGCCAAGAGCCUGCCGCCGUGUGCCACCAAGUGCCCGGAGCCGGGCAAGCUCCGGUUCCCACCGUGUGGGAUCAGGUACUCGUCCUCGUGCAAGGACGAGUGCGCGGCGCCGCGGGGCUCCAAGUGCUGCCUGCCGCGGGCGAUGCCCGGGGGGUACUCGCAGCCGCUGCAGGGGGGCACUGAGUGCCCGCCGCAGCAGUGCGUGCUGCAGGAGUGCGUGCUGCAAGAGUGCGUGCUGCAGGAGCGCGGGGGGGGCUUCCCCCCGCCGCGCUGCACCAAGGGCUACCCCACGCAGGAGUGCGUUGCUGCAGGCCCGCCGCAGCCCCCCGCCGCCGAGUGCCCGCCGGGGCAGGGGGUGAAGGGGUGCCCGCUGCUGCCGGGUGGGGCCAAGCAGAGGUGCUCGGUGCCCCAGCAUCCCACCAAGUCCCGGUGCGUCCACCCGUGCGCCUCCCAGCACGUGUCCCGGCAUCGUGCCGGCAGAGGGAAAGGGUCAAGCCAUGCCAAGAAGAGCUGCUGUGCUGCAAAAUGUCUCUGUUGAAGGAGCCCGAGGAGCAGCCACAAAAACAGCAAGCUGCGUAAUUGGGGUCUGAGGUUAUUUCUUCCCCUCUGUUCCUGUUCCCAGCCCUCGAAGGAGCUUUGGCUGCACUUUUCCCUUAUUUUCUCAAUGUUACAUUUGUAGGGUGAUUGCCUUCCUUUUAUGACUACAGUUAUUUCUGCAAUAGAAAAUACCUUAGUGAGAAGUUAAACAACUCAGAGCAGGUGAUAAGACCUUGAACUUUAAAUGGAUACAGCACUGCUAUAGUGUCUGCACCUGUGAGAGGUUUUUACUGUUACUGGGUCAAAUAUAUUCUCCAGCUG